AUGGGUUCUAUGCCCACAGAUGUGGAGAGCCUGUCUCUCUAUGAAGCCCCGGAUGACUUUUCGCGCGAGAUUGAUGAACACAUUAAAAAUUGUGCCCUGGCCCAGUCAUUACGAGCCAACCCAGACUUCGUCGAGUCAAGACCACAUCUCAAAAUUCCCCAGGAAAUACGGCAACACAAUUUGACGGCGGGAACAUUGUCUGGUCCAGGCAUGAUCGUCGUGCCUCCAUACUAUUUCAACGAGAAGGACGGUAAAUCAAUGGUACAGAUCUUUUACGUGGGACCAGAUGUUUCCGGUCACCCCGGAAUUGUACAUGGUGGAUUUUUGGCUACCAUGUUGGACGAAGGUCUCGCCCGCUGUGCUUUUCCCGCCAUGCCCAACAAAGUCGGUGUCACCGCCAAUUUGAAUAUCAAUUACCUCAAGCCAACAAUGGCUGGUCAGUUCCUGGUGCUGAGGGCGAAGACGACCAAAGUUGAGGGUAGAAAGGCCUGGGCAGAAGGGUGGAUUGAAAGCCUCGAGGUUGCAGAGGGAGAGGAGCCUACGAAACUGGUUGAGGCAUAUGCAUUGUUCAUUGAGCCCAAGCAUGCUCAGAUGUUGAAAUCACUCUACAGAGUUGGUGCAUGA